UCCCUUCUUUCCUUCAUUGAUUUUGGUUUUGUUUUGAAAUCUUGAGACGAAAUCCUUCCUUGAUCGGAACUUUUCAGGCCCCAUGGGUGGUCGACGCGUGGUAGUGACCGGGGCUGGACUUGUGUCCUGCUUAGGAAGUGAUGUCCAAAAAGUAUGGCAGCGAAUAUUGGCCGGCGACUCUGGAAUAUCUUGUUUGAAGGACAAAGCUUACCAAAACAUUCCGUGUCGCAUCGCGGGGGUCGUUCCCCGAUCGGGACAAAACGACGAUUCGUCUGACAUUGUAGACAUCGACAGCUUUGUAACCCCUUCCCAGAAGAAGAUCCUGUCUUUGUCUUCCAUAUACGCGUUAAUUGCGGCCGAAAAUGCCCUGAAAGAUGCUCAAUGGAAACCCGAAUCCGAGAUGGACCGACUACGGACUGGCGUGGCCGUUGGAGUGGGCAUGGUUGACAUGGAAGAAAUUUUCCACAGUGGUAAGACACUCUAUGAGAAAGGUUAUAAAAAAGUGAGCCCUUUUUUCAUCCCUAAAAUACUUAUUAAUAUGGCAGCCGGACAUAUAAGUAUGAAGCAUUCCUUGUGUGGUCCGAACCAUUCGGUGUCGACAGCCUGCGCCACGGGGUUGCAUAGUGUUGGCGAUGCUUUUAGACUAAUCAAAUACAAUUCUGCUGAUGUAAUGUUAGCAGGAGGUGUCGAUGCUGCUGUCAAUCCACUGGCAAUUGCAGGCUUUGCUAAAAUUCGAGCGUUGAGCACAAAUUUCAACGAAGAACCACACAAGUCCUCGCGUCCUUUUGACCGUCAACGCGACGGGUUCGUCAUGUCGGAAGGUUCGGCUUUGCUUGUUCUCGAAGAAUUGGAGCAUGCUAAACAAAGGAAUGCUCCCAUUUAUGCUGAAGUCCUUGGUUACGGUCUGACUGGUGACGCAAACCAUAUUACUGCCCCCAGAGAAGACGGGUAUGGUUCUUACCAUUGCAUGAAAAUGGCCAUUGAAGAAGCUGGGGUCGAUGUUUCAGCGAUAAAUUACAUAAACGCACACGCAACCUCAACGCCACUCGGUGACGCCGCUGAAAUCCGUGCCAUUCGGCGGCUCUUCGGAGACCACUGUGAUAAAUUGAAGAUAUCUUCAACUAAAGGCGCCACGGGACAUUUACUGGGGGGAGCUGGAAGCAUAGAAGCUUUAUUCACUGUUCUCAGUUUGAAGACUGGGGACAUUCCACCGACGAUUAAUUUAGAGAAUCCCGAUGAAGAAUUCACUGGAUUGGAUUUGGUUCCCAUUCACAGCUCCAAACUUACUGACGAUUCACAGCGCUGGAUUGCUCUUAGCAAUUCUCUGGGGUUCGGAGGGACCAUUGCGUGCGUCUGUUUCGGAUCCAUGCCUUUGUCCAAGUCUUAGCACAACUGCUACAUUCACUGCCAUGCAAAUAUAUCAACCAACUGAAUUCGCUAGAAAUAGCAGUCAAAAUUUCUCAAAAACUCUUUCAUUAGUUACAAACAAAAAACAAUCUAGGUCUUGAAAUAUAUACUUGAAAAUAGACAGGAUGGUCAUGGUUGGAACACCUUUAGUAAUAAGUCUGCUGACCCACGGCUAAACAACAACAAGGAACAACUCCCCAUGUCUACACCUAUUUGUUGUAUUGGACCCUCUACAUAUCAACAAGGAAGCUGCUGUGUAGUUACCCAGCUUGUUAGAAAUAGUAGCAAAAUGCUUUUGAAUCAUACCCAACCAUCUUAAAGAAAAAAAGAGUCUGUCCCAGAUAUACAAAAAAGAUGCCAGAGUCAGGACUUGAACAACAUUGCUCAUAAGUUUGCUCAAUCAGGCCCGACCUGGGGUUAUGCAACAACAUUCAGACCCUCCUAAAAUGAGUGUACUCUGGCAAAAAUGAUAAAACCUUGACUUUGUAAGUUACUCUCACUGUACCAGGGAUCAGGUUUUCUAAGCCCUUUUCUUUUCCAAAACCAAAUCCAGUUCAGCCUUUCUCUCCUUAAUUGUCUCUUAACCCUUCAGCAUCCACUUUACUUCAUCAAAUGUAAUUCCUCUUCUUUUUGCUUUGAUUCAAUCAUGCAUUAUCAUACAUUUGAGGUUUCAGUGAUG